AUGCUCAGUGUGUUUUGUGUUUCUGUGCGCCUACACCGUCCCACACAGAGACGCACACGGGACAGAGGGGACAAACAGGACUACACAGGACCACACAGGACCACACAGGACCACACAGGACCACACAGGACCACACAGGGUCCAUACGGACAAGACACUGAGCCAUCACUUUCCUGGACACUGUGGACAACAUCUGGUGCAGCUUGUAAGAUGAAACCAUCAUGGUCGUGGCUCCUCCCCUUCCUGUCUGCAUCUUGCGUCCUCUCAUCUGAUCCACCCGGGGUCAAAAUCCGGAUCACAGACCGAGGCCUCAACAUGUUGAAGGCCGAGACGCAGCGCUUUGUGGAGCAGGAGAUCAGUGACAUCGUGAUGCCAGAGAUGAUGGGCAAAGAAGGCCGCUUCCAGUACACUAUCACAGACAUAAAGAUCAUUGCUCUGGACCUGACCAGCGUGGACCUGGCCUUCAUCCCGUCAGUGGGACUCCUGUUUCAGGUGCAGAACUCCUCCAUCACCCUGAGCUUCCAUCGCCGCAUCCUCUACUGGUUCUUCUAUGACACAGGGCUGAUAAACGCCUCUGCUGAGGGCGUGAACAUCCACACGGCCCUGACGCUGAUCCGGGAUCUGGACGGACGACUGAAGAUUGGCAACAUUACCUGUGACGCCCGGAUCAGCCGCAUGAGGGCGGAGUUCAGCGGGACACUUGGUAAAGUGUAUGACUUCCUGGCCAGCUUCCUGACCACCGGAAUGCGUUUCCUCUUGAACCAGAAGCUCUGCCCAGUGCUGGACCAUGCAGCGCUGGUCCAUGUCAACUCCAUGCUGGACACCAUCCCAGUGCGCUCUGAGGUGGACAGCUACAUCGGCAUAGACUACUCUCUGCUGAGUGACCCGCGUGUGUCCCAGCGCAGCCUGGACAUGGACUUCAGAGGCAUGUUCUUCAGCCUGGCCCACGAGCAGGAGCUGCUGCCCAACCUGGCCGUGGAGCCGCUGUUCCAGGAGUACGAGCGCAUGGUUUACCUGGGCCUGUCUGAGUACUUCUUCGACAGCGGCAUGUACUCCUACUACAAGGCCGGGGUGUUCAACAUGGACGUCUCCAAUGAGAGGAUGCCCAAAGACCUGGAGAUGCUGCUCAGGACCACAUACUUAGGAGCCAUAGUCAUGAUGAACGCAGCAUAUAUGGACGCUCCCAUCGCCCUGUACCUCACUGUGACAGCGCCUCCCAAAACCUCCAUCCGGACCUCAGGGGCCACCGUGUCUGUGACUGCCAACGUCCGCGUGAUGCUGCUGCCUGCCGGGAAGGAGCCCAUCCAGCUCAGCAGUAUGACCAUGGAGAACAAAUUCAACGCCAAAGUGUCGAUGAAAGGGAAGAGACUGGCCGUGCACGCUGACCUCAGGAGGUAUGGUUUCAACACAUUCAAUCAACAGAACCAAAACUGCAAAAAUAAAAUCAUUCUAAAACUAUAUAUACUGUAUUUGCUAUAA